AUGGUUAUAGCUUUGAAAGGUCAAGAGGGUAUCCUAUCUUACUUUGCCAUUACUUCUAUCGCUCUUGUCCUGAUCAGAUCACUCAAACAAAAGUACUCCCAAUCUCCGAAACAUGAAGGCCUGUACACUUGGUGGAGACUAACUAUCCUUACCAUUAUACUGAUCAUUAUUGUCUACGGAUUUUUAAUAAGUGUUUGUCAGAAUGCCUUAUACACUUAUUUUAACCUCUAUAUCAAAUGUAACCUUACUAAUGCUUAA